AUGUCAUCCGGGAACCCUUUCCGCGCAUCUCAGUUGUACAGCCAACCCGCUUCCUCGCCCAUUCCGCAAGCUUCCUUUAUCAAGCCCGAUAACAGUGUGCCUGAGGCGCGCGGAAGGGAAAGUGACUAUGUGCUCGAAGACGCCGUUCCGCCGCCUCCCAAGACAAAGAAACAAGUCCGCAUAGUGUCCUCUACUACACUUAUCCCACCGCAUCCGGACGCCAACGAUGUGCAUGAGACUUCGUCUGACCCCUCCCUCCAACAGCUGCGCCAGAGCCAAUAUGCAGGCUCAUCACCUCCCGUAGCCUCCGCUGGCUUCUCGAGCACCGCUGCAUUAGCGAGGGUACCGAAUGCACAAGAUGCUGGGGAGAGAUAUGAUAUGGCUGCACCAGACGUAUUUCAGCCAAGCUCGAGGGCAUACUCCGACAAACAACAGAAUACUCUCCCACCAAGUACCGCUCCGUCAAACCCGUUCGCAAAAACUCUGGCUUCACUUGAACCGUCAAAAAAGGGAAGCGGGGAGGAUCGGACGAGCACGGAAAGGCCGACCCUAGGCAACAACAGAGCAUCACUAGACGUGGAAAGCUUCAAGAACUUGCUCAUGACGGGCAAACCGACUCCGCGCCCUUCCGUCCAGCCUCAUACAAGCACCAUCGCACCGGCUGCGCUCAGCGGCUCGCAAUUCGAAAGUAGCAGCAGCACGGAUACCUCAUCCAUAUCACGGCAAUCUCUAUUCGAACCCCCUCACGAAGUACACGCCGAGUCGCCGAGGACAUCAUAUGAAAUGGCAGAGUCGGACGAGGAUGAGCAUAUGGGCCUAGUGUCGGAAGUAAAGAAGGGCAAGAAGAAACCGCCGCCUGCGCCGAAGCAUCGACAUGGCAAGCUCGUCACACUAAGACAGCCACAGAUUGUGUCGUUUGAUAGCUUCGCGGCCACGGAACCUACGCCCUCCCCUGUCAUAAAAUCCAAGGACGGCUCAGAUGUGAACAAACCACUUCCGCCUACCCCGGUUGUCUCCCCGCCCGCACUUCAUAUUAGUAACCAAACCACCACGCCAUACCAGCCUUCCCCAAUACAACCUCGAUCAAACGAACCAUUAGCUCCUUCAGAGGUCGCGACACUGCACAAAAGGGCCCCUCCUCCCGUGCCUUUAUCACGCAGACAAAGUCAACUCCGAAGCUCCAGAGUUGCAGACAAGUCACGGAGCAACUCAUCCCUUACAAUGUCCUCACAACACUCGAUUGAUUCACUCUCAAGCCCUGUUCCGACUAAUCAGGACCCGAUAGCUGGAGCGAAGUCUCCACCACCUCCACCACCCCCGCGGCAUGGAGCGCGACUCACGAAUCUUGGUACAUCUAGCGCCAACUCCUCUAGCACAGAGCUUCCCCAGCGCUCAAGUUCUAUCCGCACAGUAGCAUCCGCACAGGGACCCACGUCGUCUCGCAGAAGCACAAUAGAUUCUGAUUUCGAACCCUCAUCUCCUGUGUCCGGUGUUAACCGUACAUCCUCAAUGUCAUCAAAUCGUAAUACUUCACGAGCCGUCUCAAACGAAAGCGCGGGAAGUAUAAUGCCACCACCCCCUCCUCCACCACGUCGUCGGCAGUCGACACGCUCAAGUCUCGACCAACAGCGCCCCUACAUCCCCUCGUCUUCACCUACAGACAGCCGCCGGGCUAGCACGGAGAAUAGGCGGACGAGUCUAGAUAGUAAGCGGAGGACUAGUGUUGCCAGUGAGAGCUCACUCAGGCGGGAAUAUGCGCCUGCCGACGAGAAGGGAGGGAAUGAAUACGCGCUUUAUUCUCCGAAAGAGGAGUCGGAGAACCGCUUGGAAGUGGGCGCUAAAGUUUCAGAAUCUAGGAGUGACUCGAGCAAUAUCCUCGAUGAUAUGGAGAGAUUCCAACGAGAGAUUGAGGAGUUGAGGCAGCGGUUUAAACAGGCGGGGUAG